AGGAAACCUGUUUCUCCCCUUCUUUUUCAAAUAUAUUUCAAUAUUUUUGAAGAAAAUAUUAGUUUAUUAAUAUCAAAUAUAUAUUUUUACUAAUAAGUUUAUACUUUGAAAAACCAUAACAACAUGUAUAAAUAUAAAUAAAAUAAAAUAUAUAAAUAUAAUUAUACAUAUAUAGAUAAAUUUAAAUAAAAUAGAAACAAUUCUGUAGUUUGGUUCAGUAUUUAGUAUGCAAUAAAUAAUAUAUAUUUCUCUUCGUUCUCUUCGAUGGUUAAUGCUUCACUGCAUGCGAUUUGCAGAAUCUUCGACAAACUUUGGAUGAUCUGACCAGAAAUGGGUACUCAGUGUGCAUAGUAGAAGAAGUUCAGGGUCCAACUCAAGCUCGCUCCUGCAAAAGUCGUUUUAUAUCUGGGCAUGCACAUCCUGGUAGUCCUUACUUUGGACUUGCUGGUGUUGAUCAUGAUCUUGACUUUCCAGAACCAAUGCCUGUGGUUGGCACUUGUCGCUUGGGAGAAUUUGGUGAGGGAGGCCUGCUGUGGGGAGAAUGUGUUUCUAGACAUUAUGAAUGGUUUGAAGGCAAUCCUGUCACUGAGCUUUUGUCUAAGGUAUGUUAGAGAUAUUCUUCUCAACCCUCCUGCUUAUGAAAUUGCAUCUACGAUUCAAGCAAUGUGCAAACUUAUGAGCAAUGUCACCUGUUCAAUUCCUGAGUUUACUUGUGUUUCAUCUGCAAAGCUUGUGAAGCUACUUGAACUGAGGGAGGCUAAUCAUAUUGAGUUUUGUAGAAUUAAAAAUGUAGUCGAUGAAAUUGUACACAUGAAUAGAAAUUCUGAGCUCGGAGAAAUCCUGGAGUUGUUGAUGGAUCCUACAUGGGUGGCAACUGGGUUAAAAAUUGACUUUGAGACAUUAGUUACUGAAGAUUUCCUGCCUAUCAUUUCAAGAAUAAAGGCCACGACUGCCCCACUUGGAGGCACAAAGGGAGAAAUAUUAUAUGCUCGGGAGCAUGAAGCUGUUUGGUUUAAGGGAAAAUGGUUUAUGCCUUCUGUAUGGGCGGGUACACCUGGGGAAGAACAGAUUAGACAUCUUAAACCAGCUAUAGACUCAAAAGGUAGAAAGGUAGGAGAAGAGUGGUUUACUACAGCAAAGGUAGAGGACGCUUUAACAAGGUACCAUGAGGCGGGGGCCAAGGCAAAAGCCAAGGUCUUGGAAUUGUUAAGGGGACUUUCUUCUGAAUUACAAGCAAAAGUCAACAUCCUAGUUUUUGCUUCCACGCUUCUAAUUAUUGCCAAGGCUUUAUUUGCCCAUGUGAGGUUGGAAACAAACAACUUCAUUUAUCUUUUUAGCAUUACUUCUCAAAUCUGUACAGAGUUUGAUGUGGUCUUUCAUGUUAAAUUGUUGGUUUGACAAGUCAACAUAGAUACUCUGUCGGCAAUAUUAUGUAUUUGUUUACUCUAGGCAGUAUUUUUCUUGGGAAUCUUCUGUUUUUUUAAAAAAAAAAAAAAAAAAAAUCCUUUUUUCCAGAUGGGAGGGAGAAGGGAGUGGAUUGAAGAAUUUGAUUGCUAAAUGUGCUUUCUGUCUAUUACACCUUUCUUUGUGACACUUGGAUUUUGCAAAUUGGUUACUAGAAGAAAUGAAAUGAGACGAG